UACCCACAACGUCUGCAAAUCUACAAUGCCCCCGCUCUAGAGGUUGCUACCAUCGGUACCUUCAAGCUCGCCGGCCUGUUUAUUCUUAGCAUGGCUUGCCUUGUUGUUGCUCCCAAUGUCUACGGAGACGAAGCCAGUCCUGUCUGGAUGGCCCCUGCAGUCAUUACUGCGUCGGCCACCGUUCUCCCUCUUUUCCAUGUCCUAACGAGACCCUUUGUCGCUCAAGUCUUCAUCGAUGCCCCUGCUCAAGCCCGUCGCUCCAAAGAAGCCUUGAUCUCUUUUGCUAGACAUCUACCCCAAGAUACCGCUAUGGAGAUUCAGACAUUGGGUCUCCUCCCAUGGCCUAGGACCAAGACACUGCGUGUGGGACAGCUGAGAAUCCGUCCAGAGGGCUGGGGU